AUGACAAAGCAAGAGAAUGACAAUCUCACUGAGACCACCCGCCAGGCAGAGAAGCAUUCGAUGCCCUCUAGCCCAACCAGCGUGUUCGCCUGGCUGCCGAGCAAGAACAAGCACAACACGUUGCAAGAUCCCGACUCCGACCGAUGCAAACGAAGCGGCCCGGCUUCGUCAAAACCAAACCCCGAACCGAGCCCAAACCGAAUCAGCCCAGCCGAACCGAGAUUGAUGAACCACCACUGGAAGCCAGAAACCAAUGCAUCAUGA